AAGAAGUUCAGACGGAGUGAUACUUGUCAUACAGCUUUUUAGUUUUUCUGAGACCUUGUUUACCAUCCAUAUUCCUUGGUGGGCGUAAGAAGGACAUUUACAGAAACAUUUGCUGCCCUCUGAUAUGGGUAGGAUGUAAUCCAAUCGUUUUAUAUGGAUGAAUUGUCCAUUUUCAAAGAUAUCCGUAGAUGGUUAGAUAGGGUAGCUAACGUUAGCUAGCUCACCUUCGUGAAAUCGAUAUUCAAAGCGAGCAAACCUUCACGACACACCCUACUGACCAAGUAGUUAAUUAUUAAGAUAGUUAUGCACACCAAGAGUGUAGUUAACUACUGAUUGUUUUAUGUUGUGAAGCUAACAGCUAGAUAGCUACCAGAGUUGUUAUAGCUAGCUACUAUGUGGAUUUAGCUAGUUCAUGUCGUAGCCAAAGCAUACUGCAGUGUUAAUGGCUGAACUAUGAAGGCACAACUUCAAGUCACCGUUCUGUCGGCCAAACUGAAGGAGAACAAAAAGAACUGGUUUGGCCCCAGUCCGUACGUGGAGGUGGCUGUGGACAACCAGUCGAAGAAGACGGAGAAGUGCAACAACACCCACACCCCCAAAUGGAAGCAGUCACUCACAGUAAUUGUCACACCUUUCAGUAAGCUCAUUUUCCGGGUAUGGAGUCAUCAGACGCUGAAGGCCGACUUCCUUUUGGGCGUGGCCACAUUGGACAUCAGUGAAACCCUCAAGUCCAAUGAUAUGAAACUCUCUGAGGUGGUGCAGAUCCUACAGCUGUGUUCAGACCAGGACAACACAGACGUGGUGGGGGACCUGUCCAUCUGUCUGGACGGCGUGCAGGUGGACCCAGAGACCUUUGCCUCUGCAGAGAGAGACCAUGCAGCUACUGCUCCCAACAGGGACGUGAGACAGAACGAAGAUGGAGGCAACAGGUCCAGCAGAGACACUUCCCCUUCCAGUGACUCUACAGAGGACUGGGUGAUCAUCCCCAAUGGCCACGCAAUAGACUGCACGGGGUCUCCCGCCCCAUCUCCAGGGGGCUCCAAGUCCACACGUCCCCCCAGACCUGCUCGUCCUCCUCCACCCACCCCUCGCAGACCAGCCGCCUCCCCAGCGUCCUCUAGCAGCUCCACUCCCAGCGACGUGAGCGAGCCCCUGGCUUCAGACGGCUCCUUCUCAGACCCCCCUCAGGAGAACGGCGCAGAACCCCCACCCCCACAGGCAGCCAGCACCAGCGGACCGGAAGCCAUUGGGGCACCCCCAGCCGGCGGGCACCCCCAACUCGGCCCUGUCAGCAACGGCCCACUGUCACCGGGCUGGGAGCAGAGGGUGGACCAGAAUGGCCGCAUGUAUUACGUGGAUCACAUUGAAAAGAGGACGUCAUGGAACCGACCCGAUUCUCUCCCCUCUGGGUGGGAGCGGCGAGUGGACCCAAUGGGCAGGGUGUACUUUGUGGACCACAUCAGCCGGACCACCACGUGGCAGCGCCCUACGCAGGAGUCGGUGCGUAACUUUGAGGAGUGGCAGCACCAGCGCAGCCAGCUGCAGGGGGCCAUGCAGCAGUUCAACCAGAGGUUCAUAUUUGGGCUCCAGGAUCAGCAAAUAGCCGCAGCAAACAAAGAGUUUGACCCGCUUGGGCCGCUGCCACACGGCUGGGAGAAGCGAACAGACACCAACGGCAGGGUAUAUUUUGUUCACCACACAUCGCGGAUGACCCAGUGGGAGGACCCACGGACGCAAGGGCUGCUUAAUGACAAGCCUCUACCUGAAGGCUGGGAGAUGAGGUUCACUGUGGACGGCAUCCCCUACUUUGUAGACCACAACAGGAGAGCCACCACCUACAUCGACCCUCGCACGGGCAAAUCCUCCCUUGAGAACGGGCCUCAGAUCACCUACGUCAGGGACUUCAAAGCCAAAGUGCAGUACUUCAGGUUCUGGUGUCAGCAACUGUCAAUGCCACAGCACAUCAAGAUCACCGUCACCCGCAAAACCCUCUUUGAGGAUUCAUUCCAGCAAAUAAUGAGCUUUCAUCCACAAGAUCUCAGACGGAGGCUGUGGAUAAUUUUCCCCGGAGAGGAAGGCUUGGACUACGGAGGAGUGGCAAGGGAGUGGUUCUUCCUGCUGUCUCAUGAGGUGCUGAACCCCAUGUACUGCCUGUUUGAGUACGCUGGGAAGGAUAACUACUGUCUCCAGAUCAACCCUGCCUCUUACAUCAACCCCGACCACCUCAAGUACUUCAAGUUCAUCGGACGCUUCAUCGCCAUGUCCUUGUUCCACGGGAAGUUCAUCGAUACGGGAUUCUCCCUGCCCUUCUACAAGCGCAUCCUGAACAAGCCCCUGGCCCUAAAGGACCUAGAAUCCAUUGACACGGAAUUCUACAACUCCCUCAUCUGGAUCAAGGAUAACAACCUGGAGGAGUGUGGUCUGGAGAUGUUCUUCUCUGUGGACAAGGAGAUCCUGGGGGAGGUUACUACUCACGAGCUGAAGCCGGACGGAGGCAACGUACUGGUCACUGAGGAGAACAAAGAGGAAUAUAUCAGGCUGGUGGCAGAGUGGAGGUUGUCCAGAGGUGUGGAGGAGCAGACCCAGGCCUUCUUCGAGGGCUUCAACGAGGUCCUCCCCCAGCAGUACCUGCAGUACUUUGACGCUAAGGAACUGGAGGUGAUGCUGUGUGGCAUGCAGGAGAUUGACCUGGUGGACUGGCAGAGGCACACCAUCUACAGACACUAUGCUCGCAGCAGCAAGCAGAUCCUCUGGUUCUGGCAGUUUGUGAAGGAGAUGGACAACGAGAAACGCAUGAGGCUGCUCCAGUUUGUCACUGGCACCUGUCGGCUCCCCAUGGGUGGCUUCGCUGACCUCAUGGGGAGUAAUGGACCACAGAAGUUCUGCAUCGAGAAGGUGGGCAAAGAAAACUGGCUUCCAAGAAGUCACACUUGCUUUAAUCGACUGGACCUGCCACCCUACAAGAGCUACGAGCAACUGAAGGAGAAGCUGAUGUUUGCCAUCGAGGAAACUGAGGGCUUCGGACAGGAGUAGUAACACACGGCAGCCAAAAUGGCCACCAUGAGGAGCCAUUCUCCACGCACUUUGAUCUGUCUAGUUUUCAGGCAGCUGCACUUUUUCCCCCAGGUCCUGGCUCUCUUGAGAUGGGCAGACACUAACAGACGCAUCCCUUUCUGCCAGUCCGGAGCCACGUUACAGACCCCCAAAGCCAUUACACCUGAGGUGGAAUCACUGUCUCCAUGGUGACGACCCUUCAUACUGAAUAAUUCAACUUUCACCCCCUGACCUGUGUAACCCUGUUGACGCUUGCCUUAUUCUGCCUAAUCAGACCACGUGUCCGGGAAGAGAGAGAGGAAGGGGAGGGGAUGUUACUUCUCCAUGUCACGUCUGCCUGUCACCUCUUCACUACAGUAGUUAAUAAUCACUGCAAUGUCAGCUGUUUCAUUUCUUCCCCUUCGUCUCCCUGAGCACAGACUGUUGAAUGAAGGCUAGGAUUGUGUGCUGCCGACUCUUCCAAAAAGUCCCCUUGUCGAUUUGUGACAUUUAGAGUGUUUUACUUGAUUUAACAUGUUGCUUUCCGGAUGAAAUAUUUAAUCUUAAGGCAUUUACUUUGCUGGUACACCACGGUUGUGGUGGUAAGGUUUUCGUGAAUGUUAUGAUGAAAAGCUUUAUUUUUGGCGUGCAAUAGUUUUACAGUCAGAUGUUUAUGCCCUUUAUAUAGAUAGACCAGACAUUCAUUAAUUACCUCAAUCCAAAGUUUUUGUUUAUAAAGUCAGUUGUAAUCAAGUCUACGUAUUGAUUUCAACCCUGAAUAUUGA